UACAUGGGUAUGCGUGUUUUGUACACACAACACAGACCAUUGACGCAGUUAAAAUGGCCGGCUGACGUGCUCUCGGAAACUUUUCCUCAACUACUUUCCGGCCGGAAUUGAGGCUGAAAUCUUGCAGGAAUGUCGCUACACUUUCAGCUCAAAAGUGCCCAGGGAUUUCGGGCAAGGGCAGAACGGGUUGCCAAGAUUUCUUUUCGAGGAGUAAAUCAGACCACUGCUGUUAUUGAGAAUCAUGGGGAUGAAGUUAUAUGGGAAGAGGGUUUUGAAUGGCAGCUCGGCAGCGCCAUUGAAGACCAUGAGGCUAUUGAAGUUGGAGUCUACAACUUCAAUAAGAUCCUCAACAACAAAUUGUUUGGGAGUUUCAAGAUGAUUUUACAGCAACUGGCCCAUGAGCCACACAUCAGUAUCUCGGAGCCGCUCCUAGAUGCUAACAACACUGCAACAGGGAUCACCAUCAACUUUGAGAUUCAUUACCAGCCCCCAGACGGCACGGCUGGGGAUUGGAUGCUGGAGAACUUCAGCCAGAAACGCUCGCGCUCCCAGCAGAAUCUGCUGUUUGAUGACGAUGAUAUCGACUACCGUGGCGGCCGCCAGUUUGGCUCCCAGACUAGUCUCAAUACUAUUGCAACAACUAAGAGCUCCAAGAGUGUGAUAGGCAGUGUCAUGAAGUUUCGACACGGGAAAAAGAAAAAGAAGAAUAAUUUUGGGAAUCUUCUUGGUAUGGACAACCCACAGUUUGGCAUGGACUUCCUGGAUGGAGCCUCUGGGCUCCUCGGUAUCAAAGACGACGAAGCCGCAUCGGAAACGUCAGGAAAAAGUGAUGAAGAUGACGAUGACCAUAUACCAGCCUUGAGGAAAGUCCGUCCUAUGAUGGGAUUGGAGGCAUCGUUCAAAUCACAGGACUAUCAGAUAUCUGUGACCAUACAUGAGGCUCGACAGCUGGCUGGUUUGGACAUCGAUCCCGUCAUCUGCAUUGAAGUCGGAGAUAAGAAGAAAUACACCAGCGUCAAACAGUCCACCAACUGCCCAUUCUAUAAUGAGCUGUUUGUGUUUGACUUCCAUGAUCCUCGUCAGAUGGUUUUUGACAAGAUCAUCAAACUUUCUGCGAUGCAUUCUCGCAACUUGCUAAGAUCGGGCACUGUGAUUGGCUCGUUCAAGUUUGAUGUCGGAACCGUUUACCGUGCACAAGACCAUGGCUUUUACCGCAAGUGGGCCAUACUGACGGACCUGCAGGACAUCAAUGGAGGGGUCAAAGGUUACCUGAAGGUAGACAUCAACUGCCUGGCUAAAGGAGACAGCGUCAAACCGCCCAAGAAAGCGUCGGAGAAAGAUGACGACGUGGAGGCGAACCUUCUCCUGCCAGAUAACAUCCCGCGAGUCCGGCAGAGAGCCACCUAUACAGUCCGCAUCUUCAAAGCUGAGGGUCUCCCCAUCAUGAACUCUGGUCUCCUGGCGAAUGUCAAGAAAGCGUUCACAGGAGCCUUCAACGACCUUGUGGAUCCGUAUGUCAAAGUUGGUUUCGGCGGACAAGCGGGUAAAACGUCGGUCAAGAAGCACUGCUAUGAGCCCAAAUGGAACGAGCAGAUUGUCUUCAGCGAGAUGUUUCCCCCGCUCUGCAGCCGCAUGAUCGUCCAGCUCCGUGACAAAGACUCGGUGGUGGAUGACAUCGUCGGGACCCACUUCAUCGAUAUGACCAAGAUCUCCUACGAAGGCAAUGAGGGAUUUCUGCCAACAUUCGGGCCCAGCUGGGUCAACCUAUACGGCUCCAAACGUGAAUACAACACAGUAGACAAGACACGUAAGCUCAACGAGGGUUUUGGAGAGGGUUGCAUGUACCGCGGCAAGCUCCUGAUGUCCCUCAAGACAGAAGUCCAAGACGGAUCGCUGGAAUCUGGUGGCAUUAGGGUGGACGUGGAGCCCACGCUGCCCAUCUCAGAGGGUGCAGCAGGCAGGAAGGAUGAUUUCUUCUUCUUCGCUACGAUCUUCGAGGCCAACAUGAUUGACAAAUCGGCCGCUGACAAGCCAGUCACUUUUGAGUUCUCAAUCGGUAACUAUGGCAACCAGCUGGAUGGUCGCAACCUCCACGCCAGGGUAGCCGUGGAUUCCGACGAAGAGGAGCAACAGCUCUUACCCUCCACGGAGGAGCCGGAGCAAAGCCUGUCCACCGUGCCCCCUAUCCAGCCCCUGAGUAGCGACAAGACCUACUACUACCUCCCCCUGGGGGAGAACAAACCCUGCGUCUACCUCAAGUUCAAUACAGAGGAGCAUCGACGCCGGCUGUACAACCAGAACAUCCUGCUCAAGAUUGCCGAGAAACUGGAUGACUCCUUGGCCGAGGUUUUGGAGAAGAUCGCCAAAGAGAAAGGCAACCCGGGGAAGAUGCUGAAAGCAGCGCUGCGAGAUUUCAAUUAUGGAUUAGGGAAUUAUGCAAAAGUUACCAAGGGGGCAGGCACAGCCGGGAAAACCAAACUGGACAAAGAAAGACACAAGUGGAUCCUGAGAGAAAUGACCCAACUUAGCACACGCGUACAGGAGUUACUGGCAACAUUGAGCCAGGCGGCCGACACCCCCACACAGCAGAAAGCACCCCCUAGCCCCUCCCCUCGUAAGGGCAAGGGCGGGGCCUCAGAGCCGUCGUUGAUAAAGCCGUCGCACAAGGGGCGACGCAGACGCAUUAAAUUGCGCAACAGAAAAAUGAGCCGAGCUGGCUUGAAAGUCCUGGAGGAGGAGAUAGCGAAGCAAGCCAAGCGACUCAACGUCAUGCCCAGGAAGGAGCUGAGUCCUAGAGCCUUGAAGGAGAAAGUCAAGGCCGCUAAGAUGUUCCUGCAUCGCAUCAGAUUCCUUGCAGACGAGCCUCAGCAUAGCAUCCCUGAUGUCAUCAUCUGGAUGGUCAGUAACGGUAAGCGCAUUGCUUACACCCGCAUCCCAGCUCGUAAGCUGCUGCACUCAGCGCUGGAAGAGGAGCGAGGAGAACAGUGCGGUGAAAUGCAGACAUUGUUCCUGAAGUUACCUGGCAAGAAGGGUGUCCAGGGAGUAAGUGGCUGGACGAUUCAAGCCAAGCUGGACGUCUACAUGUGGUUCGGCUUAGUCAAACACAAGAAAGAAAUGCUGAAAGGACUCCCGGCCGGUUACCAGGCCACCAAGGAACUCAAACAAGCGAUCAAGAUGGCUGGUACCCCACCACCAUUCAUCACGUACAAAGACAAGACUCACUUCAUGUUGCGAUGUCACAUCUACCAGGCCCGUAGCCUGAUUGGCUCGGAUUCCUCAGGUCUCUCCGACCCCUUUGCUAGGGUCAUCUUCGGCAGUGAGAGCCGAUCCACCAGGGUGAUUGAAGAAACGCUGAGUCCAACGUGGAAUGAAGUCCUGAUCUUUGACCAGGUGACCAUCUACGGAAAACACAAGGACUUGAAGAAGAAUCCACCGUUCAUCUGUGUGGAAAUCUUCGACAUCGACAUCGGGCUGAACCCAAUGAAAAAGAUCCAGGGAGGUGCAGAGUUUAUCGGUCGUUCUUUGGUUCAUCCUUACGUCAAGUGCCUGGAUGAUCCGUACACUAAACCCAUGUUCCCACCACUACUACAGUGGCAUAGCAUCUACCGUGGCCAGGCUACAGCUGGAGAAAUGCUGGCAGCUAUUGAAAUGAUCCAGUUGACACCUACUGGGGGAAUCCCCUCUGACGUCAUCAAGAUUGAGAUUCCACCCAUCGACCCUAAGAGCAAGGACAAACUACCGCCUAAGAUCGAGCUGCCUUUGGAGAUCAGGCCCAAGAUGUGCAAAUAUAGGAUUGAGGUCCUGUUCUGGGGCGUACGUGAGAUGAAACGUCUUCAGCUGAUGACUGUAGACAAGCCGCGGUGUGACAUCCAGUGCGGUGGACUGACACUCAACUCGGCGAUCAUCUACAACGCUGGAAGAAACCCAAACUUCCCAGACAACGUCCGCUUCAUGGAAGUGGAUUUACCAGAGAAUGAGCAUUACUGCCCUCCCUUGACCAUCCGCGUCGUUGACUGCCGACAAUUUGGACGCUUCAGUCUGGUCGGGACGCACACCGUCAGUAACCUGGCUAGCUACAAGAUGGACCCCAAGAAGCUAGAGUCUCAGUCACAUACCCUGCCCUCUGCAGUGAUUGCCGUCAUGGACUUUGGGAAGAAACCAGAGCCUCAGGCAGGAUCGAUGUUGGGAUCAACGUUAUUGCCCGGCCUGAAACUGAACGGGAACGGCUUGGCACUGAUGGGUAACGGCGGUCAGAACGGCAAACCGGGAUCCAGAGUUCCAUCAAGGGCGCCCUCUAGAGUCCCGUCCAGAGCCCCGUCCAGAGCCCAGUCCAGAGCAGGCUCCAAGGCUGGCUCCAAGGCAGGCUCAGUCGUGGGUGAGGACAUCAUCAUCAAUGUGGAACCCCCUGCAGGGGGGAAUGGUACAGCCCCACAGCCUGGCCAGACUGUGAUAGAUAUGCCAGCAGAUGGCAGCAAACCGGAUGAGACCAAACCGCCGGAGGGGGGAGAGAAAGUGGAACUGGGACCGGAUGGGCAGCCAAAGGGUGAAGCUACAGGUGGGCCUCCUGUAGAGGGCAUACAGACUGACAAACCUGAAGAACCAGAUGAGAGCACAUUGGACUGGUGGUCUAGAUACUUCCAAUCCAAACUAGAACUAGAAAAGGAGCUGAAUGAGUUGGAAGCUCGCAACCAGGGAGCCACGGAGGUCAAUCCAGACAUGGAGGAGGAACAUGAAGAGAACAGAGCCGAGCAGAUGGAUGAACCUGCAGAAGCAGAUGUUCCUCCUGGAGGAGACCCGAAAAAGAAAGAGAAAGACAAGAAGAAAGAGAAACCCAAGGAGGAGAAGAGCGGCCCCAGUAAGAUGAGUAAAUUUAAAGGAGGACUGAAUAAACUGCGCAAGAAAGACGACGAUGAAAUAAGCCUCAUGGCCAACAUGUUUGACGAGGAGGACAAGGAUAACAUUGACUGCGUGACGUUUCAGAUCUUCCUGACGGAACUAGAGAACGUGCAUGAUUUUCAUGGCUUCAAGGAAUGGCUGCACACCUUUGACCUCUACCGCGGCAAAAACACAGGGGACGAUGAUGGGGACAGUCGACUGGUGGGCAAGUUUAAGGGGGCCCUGAAGCUGUACAAGUGGCCUCUUCCUAGUGAGUGGGAUGACGUAGGAGUCCGGAUCGAUAGUAAUUCAGGGUUCCUCCAGGGUCUACCGAGCAGUGAACCCAAGGGGGUUAUGGUACGGGUGUACAUCAUCAAGGCCAUGGAUCUACACCCGACGGAUGUCAAUGGAAAGGCUGAUCCCUACGUCGUCGUUCAGAUCGGCAAGCACAAAAUGAACGACAAGGAAAACUACAUCUCCAAGAACCUGAACCCUGUCUUUGGCAAGUGUGCUGAGUUUGAAGUGACUUUCCCCCUGGAGUCCAAGCUGACAGUGCAAGUCUAUGACUGGGACUUGAUUGGCUCCGACGACCUGAUCGGGGAGACGGUUAUCGAUUUGGAGAAUCGCUACCACAGCAGACAUCGCGCAACAUGCGGCAUCAGCAAGGAAUUCGCCAUCUAUGGAUACAACAACUGGCGAGAUCCAGAGAAACCCACCCAAGUCCUGGCCCAGCGGUGCCGACAACUCAAACUAGACGGACCUCAUUAUAGCAAGGGUAGAGUGGUGGUAGGCAAUCAGGAGUUCACGACCUCAGAAUGCUUCAUUGAAGAUGAGAGUGGUGUGAAGAAGCCUACCGAUGAACACGUUGCCUUGGAGGCCUUGAAACAUUUUGAUAAAAUCGAGAAGGUUGGAUGUCGACUGGUGCCAGAACACAUCGAGACAAGGUCAAUCUAUCACCCAGACAAACCAGGCAUUGAACAGGGUCGUGUAGAGAUGUGGGUGGACAUGUUCCCCAUGGACAUGCCCAUGCCAGGGGCUCCGGUCGACAUCUCACCCCGCAAACCCAAGAAGUAUGAGCUCCGAGUCAUCAUCUGGAACACAGAUGAUGUGGUCCUUGAGGACGAUGCCUUCUUCACGGGAGAGAAGAGUAGCGACAUCUUUGUCAAAGGUUGGUUGGUUGGUAAUCAGACGGACUGCCAAUCCACAGAUGUCCAUUACCGCUCACUGACCGGCGAGGGGAAUUUCAACUGGCGUUUCCUCUUCCCGUUUGAGUACCUCUCGGCCGAGGAGAAGAUGGUGAUCAGGAAGAAGGAGUCCACCUUCUCCCUGGAUGAGACGGAGUAUAAAGUGCCACCAAGACUCAACAUGCAGGUGUGGGAUGCUGACCACUUCUCGGCAGACGACUUCCUGGGCUCCGUGGCGUUGAACCUGAACCGGUUCCCCCGGGGUGCCAAGACGGCCAAGAAGUGCAGCCCAGACCUUCUCAGGACAGACGGUACCGUACCCCAGGUCAACAUCUUCAAGAUGAAACGCAUCAAGGGAUGGUGGCCAUUCAUUGCCAAAUCACAACUGGAGGAGGAAGAACUGACGGGUAAGGUAGAGGCAGAGAUCACGCUGCUGACUGAAGAAGAAGCCGAGAAGAACCCAGCCGGCUACGCCCGCGAUGAGCCCGACCCUCUGGAGAAACCAAACCGUCCCGAUACCUCCUUCAUCUGGUUCUUUAACCCCCUGAACGCCCUCAAGUACAUGAUCUGCAACCGUCUCAAGUGGAUCUUGAUCAAACUCUUCUUCGUUACCCUCAUUGUGGCGUUUAUCGGGCUCUUCAUUUACGCUUCGCCGGGAUACGUCGUCAAGAAGAUCAUAGGAGCCUAAGCAAUUCUCAUGCCAAUUCAGUCUUGAAGGUAUUGAACGCCAUUUGCAAACAUUAAAAAAUGAAACUGUCGAAAUAUCAUGAAAUAUCCUACUUGAUAGUAAGUUAACUAUUGGAUCAAGCAUCUGUGAAAUCAGUGCACCUAGUGUGCUGUCAUUUUUUUCAAAAAAGAGGAAUUAUCAUUUCCUUGUGAUUGUUGGGACUAUACCAUCGCGCUUUCAACAGAAAACUGUGCCUUGAGUUGAGAAAAAUGAAGAUGCAUUUUCAGAGUUUUCUGAGCUGAAAUUUCGACGGGUUAGUUUUUUAAUAAGUUGCCUCAGAUUUAUUGCAUUCUCGAUUGUUGAAUCAGCGAAAAUGCAUUUUAUUAUUGCAAAUGGUGUUCAUUACCUUUUAAGUAAGGCUGUUGCAGAGAAUUGCUUAAUCAAGGUAGUGAGGAUUUGUUUAUAAAAGGCACAAACCCUAGAAGAGAGGAGAAGUCAUGAACUAAAGUAAGUUGCUACUGAAGGCUUGUUCGUUAUUUGUUGCAUAAAAGCGAACACAAAUGAGAAUUUGACAUCACAGAAAGUACUUGUGCUGUGAAUUUGAAAUUGUGUUCACUGCAAAUUGCACGCUUAUUUGCCGUUAUUCUUCAGACUCGUAUUUCUUCUGUCCAGCAAUCUAACAAAGGACAGAUUGUCAUAUUCAUGUCUUCUUUUUGUUUAUUCUUUUCUUUUUGUUUUUGGAGUAAACGUAACAGUUGUUUUGUUUAAAUUGUUUUGAUUACUAAAGAUACAGUAUUAAUUGCAAUAUGGGUGAAUCAUACUCAUAGUGAGUGCACAAGAAAGAAACGUGUUUGAAAUGUUCUCACAAAAGUUAAAUAAAUGGUAAUGCUGAUAGAAACUUUUAAAUUCUAGUGUCAAACAGAAUAAGCAAACAGUUUCGCUUCGAUCCAUUUCGAGAAUUAUAGACAUUUUGUAGUAUACUUGCAUUGUAUAACAUAAUUUUGCUUAUUUUGUAGUAAAUACAUGUAUAACAGUAAUAGAGUAAAUAGUAUUAACAUUUCAAUCAUACCUGAAAUUAAAUCGAACACAUCUAAUAUUUGAAA